AUGAUUUCUCUUUUAAUCUUCUUCAUAUUGUUUAUAUCUUCGACUUAUUCAAAUCAUUAUUUACAUUCAUUACCACCUAUACAUAUCAAUCCAAAUAAUUAUCCAAAAUCUGAUUUAAUUCUACAUGAUUUUCGUUAUCAAUUUCAUCCAACAUAUCCUUAUCGUUGUCUUUUACAAACUGAAUCAAAAUAUUUUUAUUUAAAUCGUUCUUGUCAAUUAUUAACUCGAACAUCAUUAAAACAAUUAUGUUCAUUUAAUUCAACAUUAAAAUUAGAAAUUAUAUUUCCAAAAAAUACAACUGUUUAUGAAAUAAUUAUAAAUUCAAAUCAAACAAAUUGUAAUAAGAAUCAAUUAUGUCAAUUUGAAAAAAAUCCAUAUCGUAUUAAAUUAAAUGAAAAUGAAAUAUAUAGAAAUUUUUUACAUAUUAAAACAUUUUCAUCAUGUUUAUCAUCGAAUUAUCUAUUAUCAUCAACAAAUUCUAAGAAAAAUUUUGAUUAUUUUUCUUUAAAUUCAUCAACGGGUUAUUUAUCAUUAUUAUAUCCAUUAGAUUAUGAAUCAAUAGCAACAUGGAAAUUAGUUAUACAAGGUCAUGAUGUACAUGAUAUACCAUUUUAUACAUAUGUUAUUAUUGAUGUUGAUGAUAUGAAUGAUUGUCCACCGUUACUUUCAUGGAAUUUUCCAUUACAAACAAUUCAAGUUAUAAAUGAUACAGAUUCAUUUAAUAUUGAAAUUUCUAUAUAUGAAUCAAAUGCUGAACAAAUAAAUAUAAUCAUUGCAAAUUUAAUAGCAUCAGAUCUUGAUUCACCAUUACAAUUUGAUUUAAAAAUCAAUUCAUCAGAACUUUUACCAUUUCAUAUUGAUGGUCCAUAUGGUGAUUCAACAUAUGUUCUAUUAACAAAUACUAAACUUGAUCGAGAAUAUAAAGAUAAAUAUGUCAUAAAUUUAAUUAUAAAUGAUAGUGGACAACCAAUAUUAACAUCUUAUUAUAAAUUAAUCAUCAAUAUAUUAGAUAAUAAUGAUAAUUCACCUAAAUUUGAUCAAGAUAUUUAUUAUGUUGAUUUACAAGAAAAUAAUUUGAUUAAUACAACAUUAAUACAAAUAUUUGCUAAUGAUUCAGAUUUAAAUUCUAAUAGUUAUGUUACAUAUGAAUUAAAUAAUGAAAUAAAUAAAUAUGUUUCGAUCGAUAGUCAAACAGGAAUUAUUAGAACAAAACUACAAUUUGAUUAUGAAGAAAUGAAAAAUUUUUCUUUUAAUGUUACUGCUAUGGAUCAUCCUAACAAUGGACAACAAUUUAAAACCAUAGCAACAGUUUUUGUUAAUAUUAUUGAUCAAAAUGAUAAUGUUCCAAAAUUUCCUCAAGCAACAUACGAAUUUUCAAUUUAUGAAAAUAAUGCUCCUCAUAGUUAUAUUGGACAAGUGACUGCUUUCGAUAUAGAUGGUCCAUUGUUAACCUAUAUUUUCGAUAAUCCAUCUAAUGAAAUAUCUUCUAGUUUUUAUUUAUCAUCAUCUGAUGGUAAAAUAUAUGCUCACAAUUCACUUGAUCGUGAACAAUCUGAUGAAUAUAUAUUUUACAUAAUUGCAUCCGAUGGUUAUCAUAUAUCAUCAAGUGUUAGAAUUCAAAUAAAAAUUCUUGAUUUAAAUGAUGAAAUUCCACGAUUUGUAUUUCCAAAUGAUAAUAAUGAUACGUUAAUUAUUGAUCGUGUUUAUUGGAAUAUGAAUGAUUAUAUAUGUCAAAUAGAAAUUCAAGAUAAUGAUGAAAAACCAACUCAUACAUUGUUAUUUAUUUAUCGUUUUGAUCAAUUAAAAAAUUAUGAUUAUUUAAAUAAACAUAAAAAUAUACUUCAAUUUGAUUCGGAAAAAUUUUUUCUUGAUCAUCAAAAUAGACUUUUUUUAAAUUCAACAAAUGGAACAAUUUUAAAUGAAGGAGUUUAUUAUUUAGCAUUUAAAAUUGUUGAUGGAAAAAAUUAUUAUGAUGAAAAAUUAUUAAAGCUAAUUGUUGUUAAUGAUUAUGAACAUGUUGAAAGUAUUAUUAAACAAUAUGAUUAUCUUGGUUUACAUAUAAAUAAUCGUAUAGCUUAUUUACAAUAUCAUCGUUCGAAAUCGAUUUAUUCAUUACCAUUAAAUCAACCAAAUAAAUUUUUUAUUUUCAUAUUUUUUUCUAUUUUAACAAUUAUUCUUUUUAGUAUAAUAUUUAUAUUUAUUUCAUUAAUAAAACGUAAAACAUUAAAACAAAAAGAUUUAUUAAAACAACAAGAUUCAAUAUCAUUAAAUUGUCAACAACAAUCAAAUAAUAAUAGAAAAGCAAAUCUAAAUGUUACGAAUUAUUUUGAUUUUAAUGAUUCAUCAUUACUUAUGUUGAAUAAAGAUUUAAUAGCAUCAACACCAAUUACGAACGAUAAUUCUUGUUUAUUAGAUACAAUACAUGAAAAAGAGAUUUACGAUCAACAAAACAAAAAGACAUAUUCAUCGUGGAUAUUAUCAAAACCAAAUUAUCCUGAAUCUCAUUAUAGUCAACGUAAUAUUGAUCCGUCAACAUUUCAUUCAUUUAAUCAUAUUCCUAUUACAUCAUCAUCAAAUAUAUCUAAUGAAUUAUGUUCACCAAAAAGACAUACAGUUACUCAAACAUCAACCGAAUAUACAGUUGCUAUUGCUCCGCCAUCAACAAAUAAUUCUUCACAUACACCUGUAAGUUCGGAUGAUGGAUUUUGUGGUUCAUCAGAUAUAUCAGAUCGUUCACUUUCUACUGGAAAUAAUCAUUUAUUAUCAUCAUAUCGACAAACAUAUUUAGUUCCAAAAGAUGCUACUGCAAAUAAAAAUCAUCAUUCAUCAUCAUUUACAUCGUUAACAAAUGGAAUAGAUACGACAAGACGUGUUCGAUUUAAACUUGAGUCUGAACAAGAAAGGAUUAAUUUACCAAGUCAUUUAUCGGAUCACACUUUAAAAAAAAUCGAGCAAAUGUAUAUGACUCGAGAUAAUAUUUUAGAAAAAAAAUCGAUUAAUUCAACAAUUGUCUAG